CAUUCUCGCGGGAAACGGCCGGUGGCAGCAGCCACCUUGCGUCGUCCAGAGUUGGUAGAAGAAUAGUUCUCGUCCAACUUGUUAUGGUUCAGCAUUGCCCAAGCCGAGAACGGUGAAGUCUAACUGUCUUAUUUCCAGAAUGAAAACCAGACAGCAAGGAGAACCGUUGAGGAAGCUGAAAAACUUUGAAUAUGGGGCCGCCGAGGUGGACAAUGAGAACGCUCCAAUGCUGCUCGUCGCCACACUCCCCAAGAGAUCCAAAAGGAAGUCCGCUCAACUCGUUUCUUCUCGGAUCAAAAAACAAUUAAAUCUUCUGGAUGACCAGCCAAAGCCGGACUUGGACACAGAAGACGAGGAAGAGUUUGUCCCAUCAAAUACGGCACUGUAUAGUAGCAGUGACGAUGAGGAAAUGAUUGAUGGUGAUGAAGGUGAACUAGCGAGGAAAGGUAGACGGCGGCGUAUGACUGAGCGUCUCCCGCCUCGUUCGGAGAAAAGCCCGUCCGCCGCUAGAACGUGCCGCAAAACGCGCAGCAAGAAGGGAGAAAGUGAUACUCCUCGCCAUGGCACCCCCACAAUCCCCAGCAGGUUGAUGCCAGCCCCACAACCGAACUACGUAUUAGAAGUGGCCAGAACAAGGUUACACGUGUCGUCGGUGCCCGAGUCGCUACCCUGCAGGGAGCAGGAGUUUCAAGACAUUUACAGCUUUGUGGAAAGCAAAAUCAUUGAUGGCACAGGCGGGUGCAUGUACAUCUCGGGUGUGCCAGGGACGGGCAAGACCGCGACAGUGCACGAGGUGAUUCGUUGUCUGCGGAAUGCCGCAAACGCCGACGAGAUCCCAUCGUUCCACUUUGUUGAGAUCAACGGGAUGAAGAUGACAGACCCUCAUCAAGCCUAUGUUCAGAUACUUGAGAAACUAACGAGUCAGAAGGCUACAGCUGACCACGCAGCUUCACUCUUGGAGAAGCGAUUCAGCAACCCUGCUCCCAGAAAGCAAACCACUGUGCUCUUGGUGGAUGAAUUGGACCUCUUGUGGACCAGAAAGCAAAAUGUGAUGUAUAACCUGUUUGACUGGCCCACGCGGCGCCAUUCCCGCCUGGUGGUUUUGACCAUCGCAAACACUAUGGACCUGCCGGAGAGGAUCAUGAUCAACAGAGUGGCCAGCAGACUGGGUUUAACUCGAAUGUCAUUCCAGCCCUAUGGAUACAAGCAAUUGCAGCAGAUCAUCAUGUCUCGUUUGAACAAAAUCAAGGCCUUUGAAGAAGAUGCUUUGCAGCUGGUGUCCAGGAAGGUGGCCGCUCUGUCGGGCGACGCGCGUCGAUGCUUGGAUAUCUGUCGCCGAGCCGCGGAACUCUGCGAGCACGCCGUCGCUCGUACUUCGGUCGCAAGAUUGGUAGGGAUGGAUCACGUGAUGGAUGCGCUCAACGAAAUGUUUUCUUCCUCCUACAUCGCAAGCAUCAAGUUUGCGUCAGUGCAGGAACAGCUCUUCCUUCGCGCUGUCAUUGCAGAGUUUCGGCGCUUGGGUUUGGAGGAGGCCACUUUCCAACAGGUGUUGAUACAGCACCAGGCUUUGUGUCGGGUGGAGGGUCUGCAGUCGACGGGCGUAUCGGAGGUUCUGGCAGUCUGUCAGCGCCUGGGAGCCUGCAGAUUGUUACUGCUGGAAACCAGCCGCUUGGGGAUCCUGCAGCGUAUUCGCCUUAACGUUAGCCAAGACGACGUUCUCUAUGCCCUCAAGUCGGACUGAAAAAGGGAUCCUCUUUCAUGACGGAAUUGAGCUUUUAAAUGACAAGUAACAAGCAGGCAUGUAUACUUGCGAAAUUACAAAUACACAAAUUGAUAUGUUUUGUCCAGAUAUGAUUUUACUAUAGUUGUAUUUUUGUCCUGUUUGGCAAAAUGUGAUCUAUCCGUACUCAGUGUUUGUUUGUUUGCUCAUGUCAAUAAACUUUUGCAUAGGGCUACUGUAGUCUAGUA